GUUUUAAUAUUUUCAACGUGCAACUUUGCAGCGAAAUAGAUACGAACUAAAAAUAUUCGGUUGGGAACGGUUGGGCCAGAUGUGCUUUUUUAUUAGUACAAGGAACUAUAUCCCUACCACUCAGCCCUAGGAAAGAAGAAGAGAAUAUUAGACUAAAAAGAGUACGAAAAUACUAUAUCAUAAGUUAAAAGAGAGAAAGAAGAAAGAGAGCGAGAACUGCUAUUCUUACUGUACUACAUGUUUUCUAUGGACGGGUUGCAGAAGUCAGUUUACAUUUCGGGUGCCCUUUGAGCGGGAUUGUUAAUAUUUGAAAGAGCUACAAGUCGCAGGGAGCAACGUCGGGAUUAUAUGGAACAAAUUUGGGCUUUAUUAACUAAUAUGAGAUUCGAUGAAUGCUAUGGCGCAUAGAAAUGUUUAAGCAGCACUACUAUAGUCUAAACUAGAGUUACCAACCUCAAAUUUGAAAAACCAGGAUUUGAAGCUAGAAAAACCAGGACAAUUCAGUUUAAAAACAGGACGCAUUAAUAGAGUUGCAAUAGUUAAAAAAAUAUCUGAAAAAGCUUUAUUCUUUAGUUUGUGUGUUGAGAUCACAGAAUUAGACUAUUCCGUUCUGUGGUCAAGAUUAACUGAUGAAUUCCAUACAAAUAACAGAUGUCAACUAGGAAAUGUACAUGUACUACAAAACCCUACCAAAACUAAUAAAAAUGGUAUUCGCAUAAAUUACAUUAAGUAUCAAUGAAAGGUUUUAAAGUGUAGAACUCUGUUACUAACGUCUUUAAAAAUGCCUUCAGUUGAAACAUUUUUGGCAUGCAUGUUUAUGGGUAAACUUAAAAAAAUAUAUGGGACAGGUCCACUGGAGCAGCAAUAUGAACCUUCUACCAUCGAAUAUUAUAGUGAAAGAUGUAUAAAUUCGUUUUAUGUAAUUUGGAAGUUAGGAAUAUAUACUUCUCCAGUUAUAGUAGGAUUUUUAUACCAACGGGGAUAUUUCGAACCAGAUGGACUUUUAACAUUAACAAAAUUAGUUACCACUGCUGGAAUUAUUGUAAUCAUGUCACUAUGCUUAAGAGGAAUUGGUAGGGCAAAUAAUCCGAUAUACAUCAAAUUUCUAUCAACUGUAAAAAAUGCAGAAACAAAUAUGACACCAGCUACUAAACAACAAUUAAUGAAAUAUGAUUUUGACUUUAAAUCCUGGCCAGUGGAAUUUAGAUGUACAAAGGAUGCGAGUGAAAUUGGACAACAAUUACCCAAGAAAACUACAUACAAAAACAUAAUAAAUUGGGCAUGGCAAAUUCCUUACAAAAUUAUUGCUUAUCUUGCUAUACAUACAUUUGGAAUAAGAUUGAUUUAUCCAGGAACUAUGGGUUUCUUACAAAUGAUAUUAGAACAAAGUCUUGUACAAGGAAGAGCAAAGUUAAUAGAGCAUUUUAAGGCUGAAAGAUUCAAAAUUCACACUGCAGAUGAUAAUUACAUUGACACUAUGUUUGUUGAUAAGAGAAAGAAUGCGCCCAAUGGCAACACUCUUGUCAUAUGCUGUGAGGGAAACGCUGGUUUUUAUGAAAUUGGUGUAAUGACAACGCCCAUUGAAGCAGGAUAUUCUGUAUUGGGCUGGAAUCAUCCGGGUUUUGCUAGCAGUACGGGUAGUCCAUAUCCGUCCCAAGAACAAAAUGCCAUACAUGCUGUUAUGCAGUUUGCUGAGCAAAAAUUAGAAUUCAAGAGAGAGGAUAUAAUUUUAUUUGGUUGGAGCAUCGGAGGAUAUACAGCUUCUUGGGCAGCUAUGAAUUAUCCUGAUAUUAAAGGAUUGAUUCUGGAUGCCACAUUUGAUGAUGUAUUGCCUUUAGCUCUCAACACUAUGCCAGCUUGGUUGGAACCAAUAGUGAAGUUAGCUAUAAAAGAACAUGUGGAUCUUAACAUAGUUGACCAAGUGAUACGAUAUCCUGGCUCGUUAUUACUGAUUAGAAGAACCGAUGAUGAAGUAAUAUGCACUCGACCUGGUAACAUCUCAACAAAUCGAAUCAAUAAUUUAUUGAUGAAAGUGCUUCGUUAUCGAUACCCCUUUAUUUUUGACGAAGCACAGAUACAGCUGAUAACUGAAUAUUUCGCCCUUACUUCACCAGCUUUCCAAGAAAACUUCUUGCAACGUUAUGGUAUAGACGAUGGGGUCUGUUAUUCUUCAUUGCAAUCCUAUAUAUCUGAAUAUUCCAAAAGUUAUCCAAUGAGAAUUGGUGAAGAUUGGAAGGAAACUGAUAAAUCUCAAAUGGCUCUUUAUCUGGUGAAGAAGUACAUGGUGGAUUUCAAAGGUACCCACUGUAUAAACAUGCCAUUGCAUUUAUUCCAGACUCCUUGGGAUGUAGCAGUGGAAAACGAUUUUGUAUUUAUGAAUAAAUAAUUGAUAUCUAAUUUGUAUUUGAUAUUUAUUUAAAGAAAAACGAAACUACUUAUCAAUUUAAUUUCGUGAUUGAUUAGAGUUUGUUUAGUGAUGUAUUUUGUUGGUUUAUUGAUUCUAUAUAAGUAAUGUAAAACAAUUGGGAGUAUAAAGAUGUUUAUAUUUUUAGAUUUAUGGAUAAUUAAUAAAAAUAUUGGAUUAUUUUGAAAA